GAUCUUUGUACUUUGGAGUUGCAUAAAGCUAAAGGAGUGGUAGGUUUUGUACUUUUCUCUGGAAUCUGACCUUUGAAAACCUAAUGAAGAGAAUUCGCUCACAACACUCUCAGUCUAACACAAUGGAUACUGUUUGUCUCAAGUGUGGCCACGAAGGUUUUCCGGAGACAUUGGUCUUCUGCAUGAAGUGUGAGGCUUAUGCUCUGCAUAGGUACUGUUUGGACGGGCCUGUGAUUUUUAUUGAUGAUGUUUUUUGGUCUUGUGAGGAUUGUGAACGAAAGGUAGCACUACCAUCUUCUCUUCACCAAUCUACACUUCUCUCAUCUGGAACAACUGACUCCAUAAUUUUGGUAAACAAUGCAAUCCAAGCCAAAAGAGAACUGAAAAGCUGCAUAAAGAGAAAGAAGAAGGCAAAGGUCCUGUUAUCUGAUAGUCGCAAUUCACCUGAGAUUAUCAACUAUGAAGAAGCAAGUGAGUUUAAAAAUGAGUGUGGAUCAAUUCCUAGAGAUGCAGCUAAUGAUGAUUUAAAUUGUGUAGGAUUAGAUUGUCAUGUUGAUGCACAGCCUAUUGCUAAUCCAAUCUGGAGGGGAAGGUUGAACGUAGGCCACAAAACUAUUGGACUUCUUGCCCAUUUGUCCAAUUUAGCAUGCUCCAAAGUUUUGGGGGAGACAGAACUUUUCCCAGAGGUGCUUCGUGCAGAUUUGUUUUACAGAUCCGAGGUGUGGCCUAAAAGUUUCAACAACGGGGGCCCAACUGAUGAGAGCAUUGCUCUUUAUUUCUUUCCUGAGAAUGAAGGAGCCGAAAAGGUGUUUGACAUGCUGGUUUAUGACAUCAUUCGCCUUGAACUUGCCAUAAGAUUUGUGGCUGAAAAUGCAGAGCUUUUAAUUUUUCCUUCUACUGUGCUGCUGCCAAUGCAACAUUGGAGAUUUCAUGAUAAGCAUUACUUGUGGGGUGUCUUCAGAAGAAGGCAAACUUCACUUGAGACAAAUGAUGCUGUGUCCAGAAAGAACGCGGAUCUUGUAAAGAUCUUAACUUAGCUUAACAUUGGUCCGUCGAAUACUUUGAGUAAUAAUGGUAGCUAUGGUUCUAAUGGUUAGUACUCGUGUGAUAAGCAUGAUCUGAAUUUAGAGUGAAAGGAGGAUGUGAUGAAAUUAAGAGUUGGAAUGACUAGUACUCUUUUUGUGUUUUCAUUGUUUAGGACUGAUGCUUGAAUGUGUUCUAAAAGCCCUUCUUAACUGCCUACACGGCGGUAGCCAUUUUGUACCAGUGUUGAUUUGUUAAAAUUUUGGUCUACCUAUAAUGUUUAUAAGUUUAAAAGAUGGAUUCCCUGGGUUUUUGUUUGGAUCAAAGUAUAUAAUAAUGUGUAUAAAUAGGUGGAAAUUGUGCAAUAUACAGUUUAAUAGGCUAUUACUAACUGAUGGGCUAUGAUUAGUGGGCCCAAGUUCAGCAAUGCAAAAGAGUCCAUAGUAGUUAGUUAGAGGAGAGAGAUGAUGUUAUAUAAAGUGAUUUGGGGGUGGGGUUUUCAGUAUGCAUGUAUUCAGAAUUGGUUAGUGGGAAUUUGAGAGACCUCUAGGGAACUCUUGAGCCUAGGUGUUUGGUUUGAGGGGGAGUUGAGGCUUUCUUGGGGUUUAUUUUCUGCAUAUUAGUGUAUGUAAAAGAGGCAUGACCUCCAUUAUCUCUAUAAUUUCAAUGUUAUU